AAAACCAUAUGGCUCGUCCCUUCCUGGAACUUAUCAAGUACCCACCAUUGUACCAAAAAGAGAACUGAGACCUCCUCUGCAGCUUCAUUAUUCUGACUUCAUAAAUUAAGCUUUCCUCUGAGAAUUCAAACCGACGAAGAUACUUUCAGUAGAGCCCAUCUGCCUGACAUAAAGAUCCAAUAAGGAGGAGAAUGUGAGUAAAUUUGAAGUCUUGAUAAUCAAACAGAGAUUGGUGUCAAUCGUCAUGACUUGGUUCAGUGCUUGUUUCUGCCAGCAAGAUUCUUCCACAAUUGAUCAAAUAGUAAAUAUCAACAGAGAAAUUUCGAAUCUUCCAAAUGCUAAAUUGUACAGCUACAAAGAAUUACAAGCAGCAACCGAAAAUUUCGACCACGCGAAUAAGAUUGGUGAAGGUGGAUUUGGUUCUGUAUACAAGGGAAAGCUAAAUGACGGUGCUUUAGCAGCCAUUAAAGUUCUAUCUUCCCAGUCAGAGCAAGGCGUGCGUGAAUUCCUAAACGAGAUAGUAGCAAUAUCUGGAGUCGAACAUGAAAACCUGGUCAAGUUGUAUGGUUGUUGCACAGAGAGAGGCCAAAGAAUAUUGGUUUAUGGCUAUCUCGAAAAUAAUAGCCUCGCUCAAACUCUUCUAAGACGGCACAGUGAUUUGCAGUUUAGCUGGAAAAUGCGGACUAAAAUCUGCAUAGGAGUCGCACAGGGGCUUGCUUUCCUUCACGAUGAAAUCCAGCCACGUAUUGUUCAUAGAGAUAUUAAGGCAAGCAAUAUUCUUCUUGAUAAGAAUUUCACACCGAAAAUCGCUGACUUUGGUCUGGCAAAGCUUUUUCCGGCCACUAUGACUCAUAUUAGCACGCGUGUUGCUGGAACCUUCGGUUAUUUGGCUCCUGAGUACGCGAUUCGGGGCAAGCUGACGAGAAAAGCAGAUAUAUACAGUUUUGGAGUUCUUCUGCUAGAGAUUAUCAGUGGGAGGUGCAACAUGAACAAGAAAUUACCAGUCGAAGAACAAAAUCUUCUCGAAAGGGACCUCAUCAACCUUAUUUCCCAGGCAUGGAUAUUGUACGAGAACAAAACGCCAACCGAAUUGAUCGAUAAAUCGCUCGAGGGGGACUUCAACACGGACGAAGCUUGCAGGUUUGUGAAGAUCGGGCUUUUGUGCACCCAAGAUAAGCCCAAAAACCGGCCCACGAUGUCGGCCGUUGCCAAAAUGUUGAAAGGUGAGAAGGGCGUGGAUGAGAUGGAGCUGUUGAGGCCAGCCUUGCUCAAAGAGCUAAUGGCGCUAAAGGCCUCAAGCAAUGCCCCGUCAUCAAGUUCUGGAACAAGCACGAACGAUGGAUCUUCGUCGUGCUCUCAAAGUACAAACAUGUCGUGCGCGACUAUGUCUUUUUCGUCAAUAUAUGAUCGGAGUAAUUGAGCCCGGGAAAGAAAAGAAGAGGAAGAAGAAGAAGAAAGUUUGUUUCUUUAGGAAAUGUAUAUGGGGUUUUUAGAAAUGGGAAUUAUGGAAUGUUAACACUCAAAUGUGGUGGGAUUUAUUUUUUUCUUGUUGUUUUUUUUUUUAAUGGUAAAAAAUGGCCAUAAGAUGAUAUGUAUGUGGAAAGCAAAUUUAAUAAAAUCAUUUUUUUUUUU